CGGGUGUCACCAGAGGGCGGCGAGCCAUGAUCUCUGAGCUGAGCAGCCAGGCGACGGAGUGGGCUCCGUCUGACGGCCGCUAUGGUGCUGAGCCGCAGGGGCAGGGCGGCCACUUCGGCCAGGACGCAUACGGCGGCUACGGCGGCGACCAGCGGGGCAUGGGCCAGAUGUACCCGCCGGGCCAAAUGAUGUACCCUGGCCAGGGCGGCGGCUCCAUGGAUCCGGCGAUGUACUACGGGCAGGCGCACGGCGCGGGCCCGUACGGCGGGUACGGCGGCGGCGGGAUGGACAUGAACCAGCUGGGAGACCAGUUCGGCGCGAUGGGCAUGGAUGACAUGCGCGGCGGGCGAGGCGGCCGCAUGGGCGGCCGGGGCGGCUACGGCGGCGGGUAUGGCGGCGGUUACGACGGCGGCAAGGGCUACGGCGGCGGCUACGGCGGCGGCCGCGGCGGCGGGUAUGGCGGCGCCAUGGGUCCGACCGGCGGUUACGGGUACGACGACCCGCGGAAGCGGGACGAGGAGCGGGACCGCGAGCGGGCGCGGACCGGCGUGCGCGGCGUGCGCACCGGCUGCGUGAUGCCCGUGCCGGGCGCAGUCGGCGCGGGCACUUCGGCGAUGUCUGCCGAGGUGAAGCGGCUCAAGGAGAUGGUGAACCCGCCGCACCUCGACUGCCACCCAAAGUCGGCCCGCUUCUUCAUCAUCAAGUCCUACUCGGAGGACGACGUGCACAAGUCGAUCAAGUACGGCAUCUGGGCGUCGACCGACACGGGCAACCGCCGGCUUGACGCCGCGUACCGCGAGUCCGCGAGCCGCGGCCCAAUCUACCUCUUCUUCUCGGUCAACGCGUCGGGCCAGUUCUCCGGCAUGGCGCAGAUGGAGUCCGCCAUCGACUACACCAAGAAGUUUGGCGCGUGGGCGCAGGACAAGUGGUCCGGUACCUUCGCGAUCCGGUGGGUUAUCGUCAAGGACCUGCCAAACAGCCAGUUCCGCCACAUCCUGCUCGCUAACAACGAGAACAAGCCCGUCACAAACUCGCGCGACACGCAGGAGAUCCUGCUCGACCAGGGCCGCGAGAUGCUCGCCAUCUGUGCCUCCUUCCGCGCGCGCACCUCGGUCCUCGACGACUUUGGCUUCUACGACAAGCGGCAGGAGCUGCUCGAGGCGCGCGCCGCGUUGGGCAAUCAGCAGGGCGGUGCCGGGGCGGCGGGCGGCGGCGCGCUCCCCGCCGGCAUGCCGCUUGCCGGUGGUGGCGGCGGCAUGCCGGGCGGCGGCAUGCCGGGCAGCGGCAUGCCGGGCGGCGGCAUGCCGGGCAGCGGCAUGCCGGGCGGCGGCAUGCCCGGCGUCGUGCAGCAGGGGAUGGGGAUGGGGAUGCACAUGGACCCGCAAGUGGCGCAGGCGGCGGCCAUGUCACUGAGCUCGGCGGGCGCGCUCGGUGGCAUGGGCAGUUUGGACGCGGGAGUGCCCAUGUAUCCACCUGUGCGUUGAGCCUAGAGAGCUGCGUCAGCCAUGUCGCGCCGGUCGGGGAAGGGGUUCGGUGGAGGUGCGUGGCAGAAGGGGUGCGGGUGGCGGGCGGGGCAGACGGACGGUCUUUUGAUUGUUACACUGCUUCGCGAGCGCGUUAUAAAU